AUGCGGUCUCUCGUUUCGUCUGCGGCUGUUUUGCUGGCCGGCGCCCGUAUAGCCGCCGCGUACCCCAACCCCGAGGGCUGCACGGGCGACUGCUUUACACACGACCCGGCCGUGGCCCGCCGCGACGACGGCACCUACUUCCGCUUCUCCACGCUCGACCUCAUCAGCAUCCGGACGGCGCCCUCGCUCUCCGGCCCGUGGACCGUGGCCGGCAGCGUCGUCCAGGGCCGGUCCGUCAUCAACAUGGACGGCAACGACGUGCUCUGGGCGCCCGACGUGUCCUACAUUCGCGGGCUCUACUACUGCCUCUAUGCCGUGUCGACGUCCGGCUCGCACGCCUCGGCGAUUGGCUACGCCACCUCGGCGACCAUGGACCCGGGCAGCUGGACCGACCAGGGCGAGAUCCUGACGUCGUCGGAUAGCAGCCCCUACAACGCCAUCGACGCCAGCCUCGUCAACGGCACCGGCCCGGACGAGUUCUACAUGACCUGGGGCUCCUACUGGGGCGACAUCUACCAGGCCGCCGCGGCCAUCGACACGACCUACCUCUACCCGUCGGGCAACCAGAAGCAGAUCGCCUACAACGCGCCGAGCAGCGGCAGCUACGAAGAGGGCGCCUACACGUACUACCACGACGGCUUCUUCUACCUGUUUCUGUCCGUCGGCCGCUGCUGCACGUACGACCCCAAGCCGGCCGCCGGCAGCGAGUACCACGUGGUCGUGUGCCGCAGCGCGAGCGUCACGGGGCCCUAUGUCGACGAGAGCGGCGUGGCCUGCACGGCCGGCGGCGGCACGACGAUCCUGGCCAGCCACGACGAGGUGUACGCGCCCGGUGGCCAGGGCGUCUUUCACGAUCCCGCGCACGGCGACGUGUUGUACUACCACUAUUUGAACACGUCUAUUGGCGUCGACUAUGACCACUCCCAGUUUGGCUGGAACGUCAUCCACUGGGGCGCCAACGGCUGGCCAAGUCUGUGA